AGCUGUCUCCAACCAUUUAAUCUCUCAUUUACAGCAUGAUUAGCUUAAUCUAACCACGAACUAAUGACUGCGGAGCACGGAAAAUAAAAAUCAGGCGUUUAUAAGCGCCCGCACACGAAGAAAGCGCUCAUCGCAAAUCAGAAAAAGAAAAUCGAGGCGAGACAAGCGAGAGGAGAGCGAGCGAGAGACGAGAGAGAAAGCAGUUUCGAGCUCGCCGCAGCGAGGACCGGCCCGCUCUCAAGCGAUAAGGGGCGUGGGCGUCGGCAUGGAGAGCGAGAUGGCGGAGGAGUCCCCGGCCGCGGCGGCGGCGCGGGCCCGGCCACUGGAGGCGGUCGCGGAGGAAGGGCAGGAGGUGGCGGAGCAGAACCCGGUGGCGCCGGUGUGCUCCACCAUGACCAUGGAGCGCGUGGCGGCCGCGAAGAAGUUCAUCGAGGACCACUACCGCUCGCAGAUGAAGAACCUCCAGGAGCGCAAGGAGAGGCGCUUGAUUUUGGAACAGCAGCUAGCUUCGUCACAAGUUCCCAGGGAGGAGCAGAUAAACUUAAUAAAGGAAUUGGAGAGAAAGGAGACUGAAUACAUGAGACUUAAAAGACACAGAAUAUGUGUGGAUGACUUUGAGCUGCUCACUAUCAUUGGAAAAGGUGCUUAUGGGCAGGUUCAACUAUGUCGGGAAAAAUCCACUGGUAACAUUUAUGCCAUGAAAAAACUGAAGAAGACUGAUAUGCUUGUGAGGGGUCAGGUGGAGCAUGUUAGAGCUGAAAGAAACUUGCUGGCGGAAGUUGGUAGCCACUGCAUUGUGAAACUAUAUUAUUCUUUCCAAGACGUUGAGUACCUCUAUCUUAUCAUGGAGUAUCUUCCUGGAGGUGACAUGAUGACCCUCCUGAUGAGAGAGGAUACUCUGACUGAAAAUGUGGCUCGAUUCUAUAUAGCUGAGACUGUUCUUGCCAUUGAAUCCAUUCAUAAACAUAACUACAUUCACAGAGAUAUUAAGCCUGACAACCUACUUCUAGACAAGAAUGGUCAUAUGAAAUUGUCAGAUUUUGGAUUGUGCAAGCCAAUUGAUUGUUCGAAGUUGUCAACAUUGAAUGAAGAUGAACCAAUGACUGAUGAAAACCUUAGGGAGUCUAUGGACAUUGAUCGUUCUCUCUCUGAUACUGCAAAUGGUAGGAGGUGGAGAAGUCCAAAUGAACAGCUUCAGCAUUGGCAGAACAACAGGAGAAAAUUGGCAUUUUCAACAGUUGGGACACCUGAUUAUAUUGCUCCAGAGGUUCUACUGAAGAAGGGAUACGGACUAGAGUGUGACUGGUGGUCUCUUGGUGCAAUCAUGUAUGAAAUGCUUGUUGGUUAUCCACCAUUUUAUUCAGAUGAUCCACUAGUUACAUGCCAAAAGAUUGUGCAUUGGAGAAGCUACUUGAAUUUUCCAGAUAAUCCUAGGUUGUCUCCUGAAGCAAAGGAUCUGAUUUGUCGGUUAUUAUGUGAUGUUGAUCACAGAAUUGGCAGCGGAGGGGCAGAUCAAAUAAAAGCUCACCCUUGGUUUCAAGGAGUUGAAUGGGACAGGCUGUAUGAGAUGGAGGCAGCAUUUAAGCCCCAAGUAAAUGGUGAACUGGAUACACAGAAUUUCAUGAAGUUCCCGGAUUUAAACCCUGCUCCAGCAAGAGCAAGUUCUGGGGCUUCAAGGAAGAUGAUGCUUACUUCUAAAGAUCUUAGCUUUGUGGGGUAUACAUACAAGAAUUUUGAUGCUGUGAAAGGUUUGCAUCAGUCUGCAGAUCUUCAGAGAAGCUCCUCGUUUACAAGGCACUCUACUGGCUCCCCAUCUGAUACGGCAGACAUGGACUCAUCGAUGGAACCUAACGGGACAGACACCCACAUGCGCACUGGUUCAUGUGGCGAUCCUAUGGCGCCAUGAUCUGCCCUGUUGCUUUCCUGAAGUACCCUGCCCUACACCGGCAUCAUGCAUGCACCUCGACGACAUGGCUACAUCUGAAGAGACCUGGUUGCGGACUUGCAUUUAUUCAGGUCUCGUGCCCUUCUAAUCGUUGGCGAGCACCUUGGUAGUUGUACAAACCAGAGGUAUUGUGCAGUAUGUUUCAGGUGAGACAAGAUGGGCAGGUCUGGCCCUGGGUAUUUACUUCUUGACGCUGGUUGCCCAGGUUGGCAUAGUAUUAGGUCGUCGCCUUCCUUGUGGCAGCUCUUUGCCCGUUUAUUUAAUAAUAACAUAUAUAAAAUAUAUAUGAUCAUGAGGAAAUGGAGAGAUAAUAACUGUGU